AUGGUCUCGGGGGACUCUUCUCACAUGGAGGGUAAAGUAGCCAUCGUUACCGGAGGUUCCCGCGGCAUCGGUGAACAGAUUGCACUCGAGCUCGCGCGAAAUGGAGUGAAGGUGUCGAUUACCUAUAGUUCCCCUAGAAGCGAGGCACGCCUGACGGCAUUGAUUCAAACCAUUGGUGCUCUCGGUAACGGGUCCUCUGCAAUCGCGAUAAAGGCGGACCUGCGAGACCCUCAGUCUCCGAGCAGAAUCGUCGCGGAAACUGUUCAGCACUUUGGCGAGCACAUCGAUAUCCUCGUCAACAAUGCGGGAGUGGAACUUGUCAAGCCCAUGCAGGAUGUCACGGUGACCGACUUCCAUUUCGUGUACGACCUCAACGUCCGCGCCCCAAUGCUCAUGAUGCAAGCUGUGCUGCCACAUUUGCGUGCACCGGGGCGCAUCAUCAACAUCGGCUCUGUUGGCGGCCGGCACGGUUUUAAGCAGCUUUCUGUUUACUGUUCUUCCAAGGCCGCAGUGGAAGGUUUGACGAGGUGCUGGGCGGCUGAGCUGGGGCAUGCUGGGCACACGGUUAACUGCGUCAGCCCUGGCCCUGUGCAGACGGAGCUCAUGGAUAACAUUCCCAGGGAGACAAUUGAGAUGCAGCGGGAUCAAACUCCUAUGCAGAACCGGAUAGGCACCGUGGAGGAUAUCGCGCCGUUGGUUGCUUGGCUCGCAAGAGAAGAGAGCAGAUGGAUUACGGGACAGGUUAUCGCAGCGAGUGGGGGAUGGGCUAUGUACUAG